AGAAAUUUUGUUUUAUCCUCGUAAUCUUCCCAUGCGACGUCAUUCCUCCCCAGGUCCCCGCCUGCUUACCAUUCCCAAGGGCCACCGUUCCCUCUCGUACGUUUCUAGUUCCCAAAAGACCCGUCGAGACAGUCUUGAUCACAAGGACGUACCUAAAAGGUUCAACCUUCGAUCGACCGAUACUUUUGUAGACAGUCAUUUAUCACGUGGCGCUCAUCGCACGACACUGAUGCUAAGGAGUAUACCGUAUUCCUACACCCCGAGGGAGCUCUUGGAUGAACUCGUUCAAAAAAUCGGUUUCCAGGGCGAAUAUGACUUUUUCUACUUACCUGUUAACAGCAAGCUUUCUUGUAAUGUCGGUUACGCGUUUAUGAAUUUCCGCAAUCCUCAAUACUGCGAGCUGUUCAAAGAAGCUUUCUCUCAUCACACUUUCGAGAAAGCUGUCCGCGGUAAAAAAGUCGUCGGUCAGGCAUCAUAUGCUCAUGUACAAGGUCUAGAUGCGAACUUGAAAUACCUCAAGUGCACUCGUGUCGGCAGUCUCCCCGCUAAAAAGUCUGUUGCGGAGUUGUUCGCGCCCAUGGUAUUUGUCGAUGGUCGUGACGAGCCCAUGAGCGUACAAGAAUUCUACAAGCUGCAAGAAGAACUCUUGACCGGCGUUUCUACAACUUCGUCGACUGAACCCGCUGAAGACAUUUUCCUCGAUUUGGACGAAUCAGAGCAGCUGCUCAAAUGCUUACAGGAGUUGGUUGAUUUCUCGCCACCUUCGACUCCUGUAUCCGGCAACCCAUUCGACAUAUGAACAUCUCUAGAUGCUACUAAUUUUUCUACUUUCUCGCGAACUCGUCAAGUAGUGCUUUGUAGAUUCUCGUGAGGAAAAUAUGUUGUACAAUACGAAGUCGACUUGGCUUCAUGGGGUUGCUCAACAAUCCCGGCAUGUGGUA